AUCGACAUCUUGCUCCUUAAACGCGCCAACAGAGAGAGAGGGAAGAAGAGGGCCUCGUUCCACGUUGUCCAUUCACAAAAAUUUGGUGGUUCAGUAGUACUGCGACGUAAUAUUUUUACACAUUCAUUUUUUGUAAACAAAGACGCAAAUAACUAUAACCAUUAAUUAGCAUGGAAUCGUCUGGAAGACUUGGUAAAACAUACAGCUAUGACAGCAUUGAAUCCAUGGCGAACCUCAUCAGAGGAAAGAUUAAUAUCAAGCCUGUCAUUGGAAUCAUCUGUGGGACUGGGCUGGCGGGGCUAGGCGAUCGAGUUGAACACAAGGAGGUGUUUUCCUAUGAAGAUAUACCUGAUUUUCCUGUCAGCACAGUUAAAGGACAUAAGAGUAAGUUUGUGUUUGGAUAUAUUGAGGGAAAGCCGGUGAUGUGUAUGCUUGGAAGAUUCCAUUUUUAUGAGGGGUAUUCCUUAUCAGAGCUGACAGUGUCUAUACGAGUUAUGAGUCUACUCGGCGUCAAGACGUUGUUUGUAACAAAUGCCUCAGGAGGUGUCAACAGAGACUACAAAGUCGGGGACAUGAUGAUCAUUAAGGACCACAUCAAUAUGCCGGGACUUGCUGGCAAUAAUCCACUAACAGGACCAAAUGAGGAAAGAUUUGGAACAAGAUUUCCAGCAAUUUCAAACGCAUACGACCAUGAUCUCAGGAGGUUAGCCCAUGAGGUGGCAACAGAUCUCGGCUAUGCAUCAUUUUUACGUGAGGGUGUAUACUGCAUGGUAGCCGGACCUUCAUUUGAAUCCCCUGCUGAAAUCCGCUUCAUAAACUGUGUUGGAGGGGAUGUAGUCGGUAUGAGCACCUGUCCGGAGGUGAUUGUUGCCAGGCAUUGCGGUUUGAGAGUGUUUGGUCUUUCACUUAUCACCAACAAAUGUAUAAUGUUCGGCGAAGAAACUGAAGACGAAGCAAACCAUGAGGAAGUAUUGCAGAUAGGAGCCAAGCGCAACACAGACAUCCAAGCACUAUUUGAGAAAUUAAUUUCAAAAAUGGAUUAGGAAAGGAAUCUUCUUAAAUGUUAGUCAGCUGUAUCCAUAUGCUCAAUGUUUUAUUAAAGUAUUUAUUUUGGUGCCUUAUAUGUAAAUAUGUAUAAGGAUAUACUGUUUGUGGUGAACUAACAGGAAAAUUAAAAUUAAUACCUAGUAUAUUUAAAUAAGUUAUAUUUUCAUUGUUCCCUUGCCAAAAGAUGCAUAAUAAUACUGUUUUUUAAAUUUAAGCAUCUGUACCAAAAUGUAUUUGGGCAUCUGUUAUUUUUUUGUAUAGAUGCCUAAAUUUAAUUUUUAAGAUUUCCAUAUUUAAACAAUUUUGUAUUGAAUGAAACUGAAUUAAUAUUACCUUAACUUAACCUUUGGCCACAGCCGAGAUGGAGUUCACAUGUCUACUCCAGGUGGUAUGCUAAGAUAUUCUAGGAGUAAGUUGGUGUCCCUUGGUAAGAGGACAACUACCAGGUCUGAAUUGCAAGCUAGUAAUUUAUUUGAUCCUUUUAUAAAUAUACAUUUCUUGAUAUAAUAUAAUGUAUUUCUGCUAUUUCUCAUUGUUUUUGUCAUUCUUGUUAUUGUUAUUAUUAUUGUUAUCAUCAUCAUCACCAUCAUCAUUACGCCAUGUAAUAGUACAGUGUGCGUUUAAUAACAUUACUGUAUUUAAAAAUUUCAUUAUUUAUUUUGGUAAUAAUUAUUUAAAUUUUCCUGACAUACAAAUACUCGUAAAAGACUUCUUAUGAAUAUUUAUAGAAACAGAAUUCAUGUUUGGGUGCAAUAUAUCUGGGUUUUUGUUGUAACAGUAAAAUAUUUCUUGAAAGUUUGCAUGGCAAGAAUCAAUAUCAAAAUCAUUAAUCUUUAACUAAAGUUUAAUGAUUUUAUUAUAAGCUUACUUUUAUUUUAUGAUUUUUAAAUUGGUGUGAUAAUUUGGUGUAAGUUUCUAAUAAAAUGUAUCAUUAUGUGCACUAAUAGAAUUGACUUUACUUGACAUUAUACAAACCUGAACAUCAGUGUAACAUACAGCACAAUUAUUUAGACCUAUAUAUGGUCUUUAAGUUACAAAAAAAGCACAAAAAAAACCCAACAAAACAAAUACAAAAUUCACUAAAGAAAGUUAACAAUGUGAUAUUUAUAUUUUGUACAAGAAUUGUACCUGAAAAAAACUGCUUAUUCCCCAGAUUCGGUGUACCUUUCAUUAUUUAGGUAAUAAAAAAUAUAUACUGUACUGUAUAUAUCAUUUUUUUCCUGGGUAUAAUAUUUAUUUAAUUAUAUUUAUAUUAAGUAUUCACAAAGCAUUGUUUACCAUCAGAAUGUCUUCAUACAGGAAACAUGUGGGCAAAGUGUGGCUUGUGAGCCACAUGCACGCUAAUAGAAAUUUCCUAAGACCCACAAUAAUAUAAUAAAAACAAUUUAAAAAUUAUCUAUUUAUCAUAUUGAGACCAUCUUAGGCAUAUUGAGACAACAACUGCGCAUACUUAUAUGGGGAGCAACACUGCCUCGAUUGGAAAAUUGGUAUACGGAUUCUGCUCUAAAUUCUUCUGGGAAUUAAUGUGGAUUUUUUUUAUUUUGUGGUGAAAUUGACACUGCGCCUUGAGCACCAUUGGUGGAGGUAUGCCCAUUAUAAAUCUUUAUUAUUAUAAUGCACGUUAUAAGUCAGUCAAUCGAUUGAUUGAUUGAUAAAGUCUGCUUCUUGUGCAGGCCUGAUAUCAAUCAUCUGUAAAAAAAAAACAAAAAAAAAA